AUGAAGGCCGGCUCUUCAUCAAACUCUGUCGUCCUGUAUUGGCAUCGGACGGAUCUGCGACUUCAUGACUCGCCAGCAUUACAUGCUGCUCUGGCGUUGAAGCCCUCCGUCUUCAUCCCAGUCUGGACGUGGGAUCCUCAUUAUGUGUACAAAGCACGCGUGGGUCCCAAUCGCUGGAAAUUCCUCCUUGAAUGUCAAAGUCAGCUCUCCAAGGGGUAUGAGAAGCUCAAUCCCAAGCAAAAGCUCUGGGUAGUGAGAGAAGGGCCUCAAACCAUUCUGCCCAAGCUGUGGAAACACUGGGGCGUUACGCAUCUAGUGUUUGAAAAAGACACAGAUGCUUACGCGAAAGACCGAGAUACUGCCAUAGUGGCGAUGGCCGAAAAGGCCGGUGUUGAAGUGGUUUGGAGAAUGGGUAGGACUCUUUUCGAUCCCGAUGAACUGGUGCAGAAGAACAACGGAAAACCGACAAUGAGCAUCACUCAAGUGGAAAAAGCCGCCGUGAAGAUCAACAAUGGCAACCCCGACAAGCCACUCGAUUCUCCUAAGAGCGUCCCAGAUCCAUGGGAUGAGAAGAAAAUGGAUCUCAGCAGCCUUGAUCAUGAUUCGAUUGAUAACAAACCAGAUGUGAAUGCGGAACAUCGCACCAAAAAGGAUGAGCAGUACUCAAACCUCAUGGGCCCCAAAGGCGACUUUGCCGUUCCGUGGGAUGACACCGGUAUCGAUUUGUCCCAGGCAGCCACCCCACACCGAGGUGGUGAGGACGAGGCACUGCGAAUCCUUGGAGAGUGUAUCGAAAAUGAGGAAUAUAUCGCACAAUUCGAGAAGCCUAAGACGUCCCCAGCAGCUUUCGAGCCCCAGUCCACCACGCUGUUGUCUCCACAUCUCCAUUUUGGGUCGUUGUCAGUGAGAAAAUUCUGGUGGGAUGUUCAAGAUGUCUUCAAUAAACAAAGAAAAGCCAAGAAGCCGGUCGCAUCAGUGCCAACUAAUCUUCACGGCCAGCUCCUGUUUAGAGACAUGUAUUUCGCAGCACAAGCACCUCUCGGUCAUCGGUUUGCUCGCUCGUAUGGAAAUGAGGCUGUGAGGUUCAUUGACUGGCAUCUGCAAUCGAACCCUCCGGAUAAGGACGGGUCAGUCGACGGGUCUUAUGAAGUGGACUCGGAGGAGGCGGAGGAGUGGUUUCAGCGGUGGAAGGAGGGACGAACGGGUUUCCCUUGGAUCGAUGCGUUGAUGCGUCAACUCAAGCAAGAAGGAUGGAUUCAUCAUCUCGGCAGACACAGCGUUGCUUGUUUCCUGACUCGAGGUGGCUGCUAUGUCUCCUGGGAGAGGGGAGCAGAAGUCUUCGAAGAGCUGCUGAUUGAUCACGAAACCGCUUGCAACAUCGGUAAUUGGCAGUGGCUAUCCUGCACGGCGUUUUACGCGAUGUUUUACCGCUGCUACUCGCCUGUAGCCUUUGGCAAAAAGUGGGAUCCGGAAGGAAAUUUCAUCAAACGGUAUUGCCCUGAGCUUGCCAACUUUGACAAGAAGCACAUUUACGAGCCAUGGAAGGCUCCCAUAGCUGACCAAAAGAAAUGGGGCUGUAGAGUCACCGGAGAUGGCAGUCCAUCUUCUCGCUCCGAUGACACUGAAGAUACAUAUCCAAAGCCGAUGUUUGAUUUCGACGAGCAGCGGCAAAAAUGCAUGGAUGGCAUGAAGCAUGCUUAUGAUGUUGGUUUUCAUGGCAACGAUGCCAAAGUCAGAGAUGGGUCUUGGAAGGCUGAAUUUAGUCAUUCCGAAGAUAGACCAGCGAAGAAGCAAAAGACUUCUUAG